AUGAGGAUCCACCGAGACGAUGAAAAUUUGAGGCAAAGACUGCGCCGAGCUAUUGGAGGCUUUGGGGAAGGUGGUGUUGGCGGUAGAAGAGGAAGAGGAAAUGGUGGCAUUGGUGGAAGAAUAGGUUGGGGUUCAAAAUAUGGUGGGGGCUUUGAAGGAGGGCAGAAAAAACGGGGAUAUAGAGCAGACUGGUAUGUAUGCCACUCGGCUGCUCAAAGCCGUGUCUUCAAUCUCUGUGUGAAUGCAAAGGAGCUAUCAAACAAUAAGCGCCCACUGGAAGAAGACGAAAAACAAGCUAUGCCAAGAAUGUCAUCCAGACUUUCAGAUGAUCCCGAGCAAGGCCAAGGUAAUGGCCAAAAUGGUGCAGCUGCGGAGUCUAAAUCAAGUUUGCUUAUUCCCGAACUUGGUUGGGAUUUGUCAGUCUAUUGUCUCGCACGUUUGCGGAGGUGUGAUUAUGGCUCAAUUGCCUCAUUGAACCGUAGUUUUCUAUCUCUCGUUCGGAAAGGAGAACUGUAUUCUCUUAGGCGAAAAUUAGGUAUUGUAGAAUAUUGGGUUUAUUUCUCGUGCAAUAUCCUUGAAUGGGAGGCAUUUGAUCCGAAUAGUGGCCGUUGGAUGCACUUGCCUAAAAUGGUUUCUAAUGAAUGCUUUAUGUGUUCAGAUAAGGAGUCGUUGGCUGUUGGUGUGGAACUUCUUGUUUUUGGGAAGGAAAUUAUGGCUCCUAUCAUUUAUAAGUACAGCAUUUUGACGAACAGCUGGUCAUUUGGUAAAGAAAUGAAUACUCCUAGAUGCUUAUUCGCUUCUGCCAGCCUUGGAGCAAUUGCCAUAUUGGCUGGUGGUUGUGAUCCACAGGGCAACAUCUUGAGUGCAGCUGAGCUUUAUGACUCACUUACUGGAACAUGGGAGACUCUUCCAAACAUGAAUAAAGCAAGGAAAAUGUGUUCUGGUAUUUUUAUGGAUGGGAAAUUUUAUGUCCUUGGCGGGAUUGCAGAAGGUAACACAAAGCAGCUAACAUGUGGUGAGGAGUUUGAUUUGAAGACAAGAACAUGGCGUGAAAUACCUGACAUGUUCUCUCCACGAAGUGGAGAAGCAAGGGUGAAUGGGAUACUACCUGCAACUGCUGAGGCACCCCCUUUGGUUGCAGUUGUAAAUAAUGUAUUGUAUGCUGCAGAUUAUGCACAGCAGGAGGUAAGGAGGUAUGUCAAAGAGAGUAAUUCAUGGGUCACCAUGGGAGGACUUCCUGAGGGAGUAUCGUCUGUAUAUGGCUGGGGAUUAGCAUUUCGGGCAUGUGGAGAUCAACUAAUAGUUAUUGGUGGGCCUAGUACUCUUGGCGAAAGGAUGAUUGAAAUUCAUGGUUGGGUCCCAGAUGAAGGUGCACCACAAUGGAAUCUGCUUGGCAGAAAGAAAUCAGGGAGCUUUGUGUAUAAUUGCACAGUGAUGGGAUGCUGA